AUGAAUAAUAUCCCCAGAACCAAUAAGCUAUUCCCAUUCUUGUGCCUUGUUUGUAUAACGGUAUUGUUGAACGCAAUUCAUGGUUCAUCACAACCAAACAAGGCAGAGUCACUGAUCUUGGGAUGCGGUUUGGAAGAAGGCGGUGGCAAAGAUGCAGACGGAAGACAAUGGGAACCAGACAACAAGUACGUAUCAGGGGACAAAUCGGUCAUUUCAAAAGCUUCCUUCCAAGACCCUUCGCUUCUCUCCGUGGUUCCUUACAUGACAGCAAGAAUCUUCCCAUCAGAAGCCACCUACAAAUUCUCCGUUCAACCGGACAAGCGUUACUGGCUCAGGCUCCAUUUCUACCCCGCUCUUUACUCUAAUUUCGACCCUUCCAAUUCAUAUUUCUCCGUAACCGCCAACGGCGUUGUUCUUUUAACAAAUUUCAGUGCAUCAAUCACGUGUCAGGCUCUCAGUCAGGCCUACAUUGACAGAGAGUAUUCCUUGGCACCUCUCAAUUCUGACUCCCUCACCCUCACCUUCAAGCCAUCGGAGAAUCACGACGGCGCUUUCGCCUUCGUCAACGGAAUUCAACUAAUCCAGAUGCCCGACUUGUUUGAUACAGCUGCAAUGGUAGGCUUUGUUGAACAAUCUGUCGAUUUAAAAGCUAUGCAUUCUCAGACCAUGUUUAGAUUAAACGUCGGCGGGCAAUUCAUAUCGGCAACGCAAGAUUCCGGUCUAAGCCGGAUGUGGUACGACGACACACCAUAUCUCUUCGGUGCGGCAACCGGCGUCACGAUCCAAGCUGCCAAAGAUGUCAUGAUCAAUUAUCAAUCCAUGCCGCAAUAUGUAGCUCCUCCUAGUGUUUACUCAACGUCAAGAUCCAUGGGGGAGGAUAAGGAUGUCAACCUUCACUACAAUCUCACAUGGGUUUUUAGCGUGGAUCCUAAUUCCAUGUACCUUGUUAGGUUGCAUUUUUGUGAUUACUACUAUUCCAAAGUGAAUGAGCUCGUCUUCCAGAUCUUUCUCAACAACCAAACGGUUACAAAUGUGUUUGAUGUGAUUGCGGUGUCAGGUGGAAAAGGGGUUCCAACUUAUAAAGACUUCGUGGUGUAUACCCAAGGAAAUAAAGGCUUUAGCAAUAACCUUUGGCUUGCACUUCACCCUUCGGUUGAGCAAAAGCCUUCGUAUUACGAUGCAUUGCUUAACGGGGUUGAGAUUUUCAAGGUCAAUGACACAGACUUGUCCGGUCCUAAUCCUCUGCCUUCGGCAAUGCUGGAAGAGCACGAGGAAAAGGAAAGGAGCUUUGCAGAAGACGACGACAGCAUUUCCGCUACCAUUAAGAAACACAUCGUCAUAGGUGGAGCUGCAGGGGGUGCUGGUUUUGCCGUGGUCGCUGCAAUUCUCAUAUUUGCUCAUAAGAACAAAAAGAAGGCUCCAGCUUCUUACUCCAACACUUCAAGCUGGUUGCCCGUUUAUGCGAACACGCACACCAAUGGGACCAAAUCCACGGUGUCAGGGAAGAGUAACGGCAGUGGUAGCAACCACUUGUCAGCCAUGACUCAGGGACUCUGCCGGUACUUCUCAUUACAAGAGAUGAAGCAGGCAACGAAAAAUUUCGACGAGUCGAAUGUUAUUGGCGUUGGAGGGUUUGGCAAAGUUUACAAGGGCGUCAUCGACAAUGGGUUCAAAGUAGCAAUCAAGAGAUCAAACCCGCAAUCAGAACAAGGAGUGAAUGAAUUUCAAACAGAGAUAGAAAUGCUUUCCAAGUUAAGGCACAAGCAUUUGGUUUCCUUGAUCGGAUUCUGUGAGGAAGGUGAUGAGAUGUGCCUUGUUUAUGACUACAUGGCUCUUGGCACCUUAAGGGAACAUCUUUACAAGGGAAACAAACCAUUGGAGACUCUAACAUGGAAGCAAAGGUUGGAAAUAUGCAUUGGAGCCGCAAGAGGGCUUCAUUACCUUCACACUGGGGCCAAAUACACAAUCAUCCAUAGAGAUGUGAAAACAACUAACAUCCUUCUUGAUGAGAAUUGGGUUGCCAAGGUCUCGGAUUUCGGUUUGUCAAAAACCGGUCCAAACAUGAAUCAAGGCCAUGUUACCACCGUGGUGAAGGGUAGUUUUGGAUAUUUGGAUCCAGAAUACUUUAGGAGGCAACAGUUGACUGAAAAGUCUGACGUGUACUCGUUCGGGGUGGUUCUGUUCGAGGUGUUGUGUGCUCGGCCCGCAUUGAAUCCAAACCUUCCAAAAGAUCAAGUUAGCCUUUCGGAUUGGGCUCUUCAGUGCAAGAGAAAAGGAAUAUUGGAGAACAUCAUUGAUCCUUGUCUGAAAGGGAAGAUCAACCCGGAGAGCUUGAACAAGUUCGCCGAUACUGCCGAGAAGUGUUUGUCCGAUUGUGGACUCGAUCGUCCCUCCAUGAAUGACUUGUUGUGGAACCUUGAAUUUGCUCUCAACUUGCAAGAGAAUCCUGAUGCUUCACAUGAUGAAAUUCAUCAGUUUGAAGAAGUGAACUUGAAUGACAAUAAUGACAUGGCGGCACACUCUACGUAA